AUGUCAUUAUUACAUGUGUUGGGCUUUUAUGGCUGGUAUUUAGGUAUCAAAUACUCAAACUGGCAGUCCUUCCUGUGGGCCUAUUUUGUGGGCUUCUUCGCCGGUUUCGGUGUGUUAUGCGGCGCCCAUCGGCUCUGGACUCACCGCUCAUAUCAGGCCCACUGGUCUCUACGCGUGCUGUUAAUGAUUUUGCAGACUCUGUCCCUCCAGAACGACAUCUACGAGUGGUGUCGCGACCAUAGAGUACACCAUAAGUGGUCCGAAACAGACGCCGAUCCGCACAACUCGCGGCGCGGCUUCUUCUUCGCACACAUGGGUUGGCUUUUGUGUCGAAAACAUCCCGAAGUGAUAGCAAAAGGCCAGACCAUCGAUAUGUCCGACGUCUGGGCCGACCCUAUAGUAAUAUUAAUCUGGGGAGUGAUCCCAAUCACCGUGCCCAUGUAUUUCUGGAAUGAGCCAUUUUUGCGGGCAUUUUUUGGCAAUAUGUUCCGGUAUAUAAUGAGUCUGCAUCAGGCGUGGCUCGUCAACUCGGCCGCACACAUCUACGGCAACCGUCCCUAUGACAAGCGAAUAGAGCCGCGAGAAAACAUUAUGGUUCAGUAUUUGUCGGGCGGAGAGGGAUAUCAUAAUUAUCACCACACAUAUCCAUGGGAUUACUCGGCGUCUGAAUACGGCUGGAAAGAUAACUUUAAUAUCGCCACAGCUUUUAUAGAUCUAUUCGCAGUGUUAGGUCUGGCAUACGAUCGGAAGUCAGUUCCCAAACCUGUAAUCAAGAGGAGAAUCACUGGAACAGGAGAUGGAAGUGAAUACCGGUCUAUACAGAGCAAGACAUUGGAUCGCAUGAUAGCCAUCGUUGUGAUGACUUGGCCGCUAUGGCUCUCAUAUACUGUCAGCACAUUUAUUAGAUAA